CUGCAUUAUAAAAAGGGCCGCUCCGCACUAUACACGUCGUCACCACCAGCACCAUGUUGAGAAAACGUCUGCUCGACUUCGCUUUGCGACUCAACCGACAACAACUACAUGAAGGGAUUGACAGGGCGACCGCGGGACUCAAGCCGGUUACUUGUCAGGAAAACCACCUCCACCGCCGGUAUGUUUCCACCAACGCAACCGUGGCCGGCACCAACACCAGCACCAGCGCCUGCAGCAACAAACACUCCGCCAACCCGACGGAGGUUCAUAACGGAGUGAAACAUAUGGACGAAUUACACGGACCGAGUUUAAUGACGAAUUUCAACUGGAUGUUUUUGAAGGGUUAUAUGGACAAAACGCACUUAAUGCAAAUUGAGCACAAGAAGAUCUAUGGCCCAAUAUGGAAAUCAAAGUACGGCCCUUUGGUUGUGGUGAACGUGGCCGAUGCUGACCUGAUACAACAGGUUAUGAGGCAGGAGGGGAAAUACCCAGUGCGGACGAACAUGUUUCACUGGAGGAGGCACAGGGAGGACAGCAACCAGGCCUAUGGACCCCUGUCAGAGUUUGGGUUCAAGUGGCAGGAAAUACGCAGUAACCUGAACCCAAGGCUCAUGAAGCCCAAAUAUGUUACCUCCUACACUGACAGACUGAAUGACGUGAUAACAGACUACCUCAACAAAAUGGACGGGAUGAGGGAACCCAAUGGCCAGGGAGUGAUGGUCAAUGACAUGGCUGAAGAACUCUACAGAUUUGCUUUUGAAGCCAUCUCUUCAGUGUUGUUUGAGAAACGCCUGGGCUGCUUGAGCAGUGUUAUACCUGAGGAAACCCAAAAGUUCAUCACCUCUGUGGGAGAAACAUUUCGUCUCUCUCAAUCUGUUAUCAUCAUCCCCAUGUUUCUUUGGCCUUAUGCACGUCCUUGGAAAGACUUUAUAACACACAACAAUUACCUCUUUGAAUUUGCUGGAAAUAUGGUGCAGAGCAAGAUUGAUGAAAUCCAGGAGAAGGCCAACUCCGAGCAGGUCUUGGACAGUGCCUACCUCACACACCUGCUGCUCUCUGAUAAGAUGACGCCCAAAGGGAUUAUUGGCAGUAUCACUGAAGUCUUGCUGGGAGGAGUCGACACAUCCUCAAACACGCUCGCGUGGUGUCUUUACCACUUGGCAAAACGGCCAGAGAUCCAAGAACGGUUAUACCAGGAAGUGAUAAGCGUUUGCCCUGGAGAUGAGAUACCAAGAAGUGAUGAUGUCAGCCGCAUGCUUUUCCUCAAGGCCGCCAUCAAAGAGACACUACGGAUGUAUCCAGUCGUACCCGGAAAUGCCCGUGUCAAUGUUGAAAAGGAAAUCGUGGUCGGAGGAUACAGCUUCCCCAAAGAUACGCUAUUCCACCUGUGCCAUUACGCUACGUCCUAUGAUGAGAACAUAUUCCCUGACCCUCACACAUUCCAGCCGGAGCGAUGGCUCAGAGGAGACAACUACAAGCAACACCCCGUCGCUUCAAUUCCAUUUGGUUUCGGUGUCCGGGCAUGUAUUGGCCGACGGGUGGCUGAACUUGAGAUGUAUCUCUUCUUGUCCAGGCUGUUGAAGCGCUUCGAGGUGAGACCAGAUCCUGCUGGAAAGACUGUGACCGCCAUCUGCAGAACCUUGCUUUGUCCUGGUCAACCAAUUCGUUUGCAGUUUGUGGACAGACGAGUCAAGUAGGAGGGGUCGAGAGUGGCAGCUUUUCUCUGAGCCUUCUUAGUAUUCACCUGGUGCUGCCCUCCAAGCUCUGCUUUGUACAGAGCUCACGUCAAGAGAAUGAGCUGGAUCAACGAAGCAAAGCUGUGGCUAUUUAGCCAAAAAUAUGAUCAUGUAUUUACAGAAAUUAAGUAUGUGUAGGAUUUUUAAAAUAUUUAUUUGUCCAAGUACUAACACAAUAUUUUAUAUACGUUCCACUGUUUUAGCCGUUCCCCAAACUUUGAGUUUGAGUGAUGUUAGUUUCCCCAACAUGAAACUACAUAAACAGUCUUUUAAAAAGUACAUGACUUUGUACCCCGCGACCCUCAUGUGGAGGAUAAAGUCGCAAUUUUCUCGAAAAGAAAAGCUGAAGUUUAGUAAUUAAGCUGAAAUCUUUCUGUAUUUUGCUGCUCAAGUUGCUUAAAGUGGUGACAUGUCGGCAUUCGGACCUUCAUACAGGUCUGAAACAUUGUGACCUUUAUAUCACAUAUACCACAUGGAUCACGCCCCCACUUGACACAUGUGCAACAAUCACAACAAUGAAAUUCCACCAGCUUUAUUUUUUUCAUCAGUUUUUGUUCUUCAAUGUUGGUGUGUGUUCAUUUUCCCCUGAUUAUGUAACAAUCGACACAACCAAGACAGUUGUCUGAUGCCUGUGUUUAAUAACUUAAUAACUACAAACUCUGGCUAUGUAAACUUGUGUCCUUGCUCUGUGUAGCAUUGCUGCUUUGCAUUGUUGUUGUUAUUUACAUGUGGAUUUUAUGCUAUGGAAAAAAAAACAGAUUUUUGUGAAGUUAACACAUGAAAACAAGAUGUUGCAAUGGACCUUGCCAAGUCAUUCCAGUUUGAUCUUCUUAGCUGUUUUUCACUCUAUAAUGCUGUUAAAAAAUUAAAAAAAGUGGGUCCUCUUUUUUUUAACCCAUUUCAAAACUGUAUGAAUACCAUAUGUUAUACAGAGUAGUAGUGCAUUAACCAGUUAAGCAACUUUUAGCAGCACUAAAAGAGCAAAUACAGAGCAAAUAUGGAUCUGAGGCUCCAUAAAUAUUGGUUCACUUCCUAAAGUGUGUUGAUGCUGACUGGAAGACACUGUAAAAUGUUUAAUUCAAGUGUUUUUUGUUUGAUUUCCCAAUAUGCUGUGCAGACAUUGUCAGCAUUCUGCUAUACAGAUACUGGACUAGUGCUGCCCUCUUCCGGACUGUUAUGAGACUACAUCAUUUCCCCAUUUGUCUACUGUAUCAAAACACACAAGCAGUCAUUUUAAAUGCAAUGAUCACUUGAUAAUUAACAGAGGCUUUAUUGCUGGUGAGAUUAAAACACUUGGAACCAC